AUGGAUUAAUCAGAACGAUCAACAAUUAGAAGUGAGCAGAAAUCCAGAAAAUCCUUAAAAAGUCUAAUAAUAAAGCAGCCUCAGGACCUUCUUCGUGUAACUGGAACCGAGGUAAGUGCUGCAGUAGCACCAGGAAUCCCAGCACUGUGCUCCCAGAGAAGCUGCAUUGAGGCUGUCACUGAAGGAGCUGAAGAGCUGGAAAUGCUUCAUCCAGGAGACGUUGCUCAAUUUUGUAAAAAUGUAAUCAGAGACCUGCUUGUGGUUGAACGGGAUCUCAUUAGGAAAAUGUUAAGCUUAGUGUACCCAGUAUGUGGUGACUUCUUCCAUGAUUGCUUAAUGGAGGCGGUUGGUAAUCUGUAACAGCACAUUCAGAAUCCGAUUGUUCUGCAAUCAGUCCUGAGACUCAUGGAGAGAGGCACAAUGGUUCUGACUACAAACCAUGAUAAUUUACUUGAAAUACUUGGUCUGCAACAGGGUAAACCUAUGGAAUCUUUAGACUUGAAAGAUACAGGUAAGGUUCUUCAGUGGACAAGAGGUCAUAUAAAAUACAGAGCUCAUAUUCGCAGCUUAUAUACAGAUCCCUGUGCAACAGUGCUAGAUCCCUCGGGAUAUAAGGAUGUUAGUGAAGAUCCUGAAGUCAUGCAAGUUCUUCAAAAUUUGUAUCGAACCAAGUCUUUUUUGUUUUGGGGCUGUGGAGAGAGUCUGUGUAAUCAGAUAUUCCAAGGUCUUUAUGUAAAGACUAAAGUGGAUUUAGAACAUUGUAGGUUGGUGCUUAAAGAAAACGAUGACCACUUAGUGGCAGAUAUGCUGCUGGACGGAAUAAAAGUACUCUCCCACAGGGACUGCUUUCACCAAUUCCUAGAGUGUGUACAAGAUCUGACUGCUCAAAUCUGCAAGUAGAGAAGUCCAGAUGCUGAUCAAGGGGAGAGCACAACACGGCUGGGAACUUCCUGUGUGGACUGUGCUAAAUGGAAGUUGGGAGAAAAUGGCACUGACUUUCCAAUGAGAACCAAGCAGUCAGUAACGGUAUGCCCGCUAUUUAAUAAUUAA